AUGUUGAAUCUAAAGCAGCUAUUUGUAAUAAUUUGGAUGAGUUUCUCAUUCAAUGAGGCACUGCGAGCUGUGCUUGAUGAUAUUCAGAUUUCUGUGACUUCUAACGCGAUUCUUGAAGUUGUUGAUGUAUUUUAUGUGAAUCAGUUCAUUCCGUUCGAUAUUUUUGUAUUUCAUCGGGAUGAUAAGGAUGACGACAGUGCUAAUGUUGGUCUAAUUGAUGAGAAUCCAUCCAGGUUCCCUCAAGAUCCCUCACAUUUUGAGCAAGUCAUAUCAAAAUUCCUGUCAAAAUUAUCAAAACUUUCUUAUCGUCUCAGCACAAAUCAGACAAUUUACGACUAUAAAAGUUUCCAUGCUACAACAAAAUCGAUAAUAUUUUUCUUAAAUUCCUGCUUAGACUACUUCCAUAUCCACUAUGAAUAUGCACUUUUUAAUCAAUAUCUGCAUCCAUUUAAGUUCCUAAUCUACAUCGAGAACUGCAGCUUUUUCCAAUUAUUCAAUAAUAUAGAAAACUACAUCCAAUUAAAGAAGCUAUUCCUUCAUAAAGGAUCGCUGGAAGUUUUCGAGUACUUAUUUAUCAAUGAUGGAAAUUUCCUGUACCUGACAUCACUUGAAUGGUUCUCUCAAGGAGUCUGCAACAAAGCUCAUCUCAAGCUCAUCAACACCUUCGACAAAUCCACACAAAAAUGGCAUAAAAAGUUGAAAAAUCACAAAAAGUUCCAAAAUUAUUAUGGAUGUGAUCUUGUCAUGCUGCUGUACGAAAGAGAAAGCAGUGAAAAAUUAGGAACUUUUAUAAUCGAUGAUAAAUCCAGCAAGAUUGUGCCAUUUGGAUUGACUCCUCUAAUAUUCACAUUAAUCUCUAAAAAGCUCAACUUCAAGCCUUAUUUCCAGCCAGGAAAGUUAAAGCUCAAAGUAAGCGUGUUCCAUAGUUCCAAUGAAAUGACACUAAUCUCAGUCAACGGAACUAUUAAACCUCCAAAUGUUUGUCUUGAAGUCACUCGAUUCGGUGACUUGAGAAAACUUGUCGCGCAUUCUACAACAAACGUUUUGCAGAUCCGUGAGAUCAUCUUGGUAACUCCUGGUGAGCUCUAUUUGCCAUUUGAGAAGCUGUUCCUGCCUUUUGAUGAUUGGACAUGGCAACUGAUUGUUUUGACGUUUCUGACUGCUUUUGUGGCUAUUUUUGUGAUCAACCGACUGCCAAAAAUAUUCCAGAUAACAAUUUAUGGUGAAAAUGUAACAACUCCGGUGCUAAAUGUCGUCAGUUCCUUCUUUGGAAUCUCGCAAGUCAAAUUGCCUGACAAGAACUUUCCACGAUUUAUUCUGAUUAUGUUUGUGAUGUUCUGCCUGAUUUUCAGGACCUGCUAUCAAAGUAAACUGUUUGAAUUGAUGACAAGUGAGCCACGACGAGCUCCUCCAAAGUCUAUUGAAGAUCUAGUCGACAGGAACUACACGAUGUAUGUGCCAGUAAAUUUUGCAGCUGGCAAAGACCUGACAGCGAAUGAACAGUGGCCCUACACCAAGUUUGUGGACAUUCUGGAGUAUUCAGACAUUUUUGAUACACAGUCUCAAAACUCAUCAGCUAGGAUAGCAAUGACUAUGCAGUCAAUGGUAUUAGAUCAUUACGAAUGGUCAACAGGAGAUUCAAAGUUUUGGUUACAAAUUCCAGACACAGCAGUUCAAGUCAGUCAUGUUGGAUUUUCAAUGUUUAGCAAUAAUUUCUUCAUGCAAGGAUUAAAUGAAGUCACUGAGCAUUUGGUGAUGUCAGGAAUUAUGGAUAAAAUUGUACGAGAUCUGAUGGGAACCAAGAGGAAGUUCAUUAAAGGUUCAGAACCACAAACAUUGUCAAUUGAAAAUUUGAGUUUUGGUUUCAUCAUUUGGAUGUGGUUUUGUGGAGUUUGUGUGCUGGUUUUUAUGCUGGAAAUUUCAGUUGGGAACUUUAAGAAGUUGUCAAGCUAUUCAGAAGUUUUUAAGGUUUUGAGGGAUGCUGUGGUGACUUUUGCGGAUGUUAAGAGAUUCAGGAGAUGGUUUGAGCAUUUGAAAAGUCAAAAAUUGUGUAGGAAUAAUGAUAAAAUGCGGAAGACAGUCAAACAUGCAAUUGAGAAUGUUCUUGAUAUUCUGUAG